UCGUGGCAAGAUGGCGUCCCUGGAUCGGGUGAAGGUUCUGGUGUUGGGAGACUCAGGUGUUGGGAAAUCUUCACUCGUCCAUCUUCUAUGCCACAAUCAAGUAUUAGGAAAUCCGUCAUGGACUGUGGGCUGCUCAGUGGAUAUCAGAGUUCAUGACUACAAAGAAGGGACCCCUGAAGAGAAGACCUACUAUAUAGAACUGUGGGAUGUUGGAGGCUCCGUGGGCAGUGCCAGCAGCGUGAAAAGCACAAGAGCGGUGUUCUACAACUCUGUAAAUGGCAUCAUUUUAGUACACGACUUAACAAAUAAGAAGUCAUCCCAAAACUUAUAUCGCUGGUCAUUGGAAGUUCUCAAUAGGGAUGCAGUUCCAACCGGAGUCCUGGUGACAAAUGGGGAUUAUGACCGAGAACAGUUUGCUGAUAACCAAAUCCCACUGUUGGUAAUAGGGACUAAACUGGACCAGAUUCAUGAAACCAAGCGCCAUGAAGUUUUAAUCAGGACAGCUUUCUUGGCUGAGGACUUCAAUGCUGAAGAGAUUAAUUUGGAUUGCACAAAUCCACGGUCCUCAGCUGCAGGCUCCUCCAAUGCUGUCAAGCUCAGUAGAUUUUUUGAUAAGGUUAUAGAAAAGAGAUAUUUUUUUAGAGAAGGUAAUCAGAUUCCAGGCUUUUCUGAUCGGAAGAGGUUUGGAGGAGGGGCACUGAAGAAUUUCCACUGUGACUGAGUCACCCUCAGCCCUGGAAGAGCAAGGGAACAGCAGCAGUGUGCACAGCUUCUUCUUGCUGUGCCGGGUCAUUAACUUCUCAGGCUUUGGUAAAAACAUCUCAAAAUGCUACCUCACCCUCUCAUGGAAAAUUGAAAGGAAGCAGCCACGUGGAAGGGCCUAGCUCUGCCUGUUCUCUGUCUCCCUCACCCCCCUGCCCCUGUUUAUAGCUUAUGUAAAAGCCUUGUGAUGACAUGAGGUCUUGUCAGACCUGUGCAGUAAAGGACUGGAGGCAACGGCUGCAGAGAAGGCUGACUCUUGCUUAGAACCAGAGGGUUUUACAGGCCUGCGAUUUUCCCACACUCGCUGCUGAAGGCUUAAUUAAGUAGUUCAGAAACAUAUCUGUGUUGUUUUACCUUCCUGAGGGGAAAGGUCAUGUUAAUCAGCCCUGAGUUAUCCACCCCAAACUAUCCCUGUCAUUUUAAAAGAAGCCAAAUGGUGUUAUUUCAUUUUCUCCGUCCUCAUUACACACAGGGAUAUCUAAGAAUAGCAACCCCAUCUCCUCCGCUCUCUCUGGGAAAAGGCUUAGUGUCUGGGAGAGAGUGAUGAACUAAUAGCUGGAGUUAAAUAGAAAUACAAAUUAAUAAUACAUGGAGAACAGGGCAGAGAGGAAGGCUUUGUGUAAGUCCCCGGCUCUAUGGUUGGCAGCUUUCAAAAGGCUCUUUCUGCUUUCUGUUUGGAAAUUGAGUGAAAUCUGAGACCCACACUAGGCCAGUAAAACGGAUUUAUUGCCUCUUUAGUGGGGUUCUUUUUUUCCCCUUUUCCCAGUUUGUUUGGUUAGUUGUUCUGUUUAUUUGUAAGGAAAUUCAAUUCUUGAAAUAUCCUUUAAUAUGAUGAACAGUAAACUAAGAAUAUUAUCCUAUAUUAACAGUGUAUUUAUGAGAAAGUCAAUUAAGUUCCAGAGUGAUGCAUUCACAUACAUUAUGAGCCAGUGUUGGAAAUUUUAUAACCACACCACAGCUCUUUGGCGGUGGUAUAUAUGUAUAUGUUUGCAUAAUUGUUCUUCAUUGUCUUUUAGCCCAUCUUUUUCGCAGGUUUAAUCUUUCGGCCCAGUUCCUUAGUUUAUAAAAUUGGUUGCCAAAAAAGACUGUAAUUGGCCAUUGUGUUCAACACCUUGUUAUUCAGAUGCUUCUGUCUCUGCAGCAGCUUUUUGCUCCCUGGUUUUGUACCAAAUUAAAAAAAUAAUAGGAUGAA